CACGUAGCGCCCAUUUCUGAUUGGUUCUGUGCUCAGCUGGAAUACACGCGGCCAUGAGUAUAUAUUGUGGCAAGGUGUAAACCCAUUUAAGGGAAAGAGAAUUAUCCGAAAGCGACAUUUACGCACACUCUCCAGGUAGCGCAACCCUUUUUUGUGUGCGUAAAGACAGGAUUUAGAGAACAUGAGAACGCAAAUUCAGAAGGCUCCACAGAUCCUGGAGCUAUUGCAAAAGAAAUCCGUAGGGCUGCAACACUGCAAGCCCACGUCUUCUGUCUGCGUCUUGGACGCCAAGGAUGCUGUGCCCAGCGCGCCGUGCGGACACACUCUCGAUUCCAUCCCAGGUCCAACCAACUGGCCAGUGUUCGGCAGCCUCAUUCAACUGCUCUUUAAAGGCGGGCUGAAACGCCAGCACGAGGCACUGGUGGACUACCAUAAAAAGUUUGGGAAGAUUUUCCGCAUGAAACUCGGAUCUUUCGAAUCAGUGCACAUCGGCUCGCCCUGCUUGUUGGAGUCGCUCUACAGGAAAGAAGGCAACUACCCUCAGAGACUUGAGAUCAAACCAUGGAAAGCCUACAGAGAUCUUCGGGACGAGGCUUACGGACUCCUCAUCUUAGAGGGGAAGGACUGGCAGAGAAUGCGAAGUGCAUUCCAACAGAAACUUAUGAAGCCGACCGAAGUCAUGAAACUGGAUGGCAAGAUCAAUGAGGUUCUCGCGGACUUCGUCAAAAGGAUUGAAGUAGUCAGAAAUAACGGAAAGAUCAAGGACUUGGACUAUGAGUUGAACAAGUGGUCUUUUGAAACGAUUUGUUUUGUCUUAUACGACAAGAGGUUUGGACUUCUUCAAGAGCAUGUGAACGAAGAGGCGGCGAACUUUAUAACGGCAAUCAAAACUAUGAUGAGCACGUUCGGUGCCAUGAUGGUAACUCCUGUAGAGCUUCACAAAACCCUCAAUACCAAGACGUGGCAAGACCACACAGCCGCGUGGGAUCGGAUAUUCAGCACAGCUAAGGUGUACAUCGACAAGAAGCUGAACAAACAAGGAAGCGAGAAGGACCAGGACUUCCUGUGCGACAUCUACCACCACAGUCACCUGACCAAGAAGGAGAUGUACGCCGCAACCACCGAGCUGCAGAUUGGGGGAGUGGAGACGACGGCCAACAGCAUGCUCUGGGCCAUUUUCAACCUCUCCCGAAACCCCUGUGCCCAAGGGAAGCUGCUGAGGGAGAUCAGAGAGGUGGUGCCAGCGGGUCAAGUCCCCACGGCCGAGCACAUAAGGAGUAUGCCCUACCUCAAAGCCUGCCUGAAGGAAUCCAUGAGAGUCACCCCCUCCAUCCCCUUCACCAGUCGCACCCUGGAUAAGGAGACCAUGCUGGGAGACUACACACUGCCCAAAGGGACGGUACUGGUGAUCAACAGCCAGGCGCUGGGUGCCAACGAGGAGUACUUUGAUAAGGGGAAGCAGUUCCUGCCCGAACGCUGGCUCCAGGAGAAGAGCUCCAUCAACCCCUUCGCCCAUGUGCCCUUUGGCAUCGGGAAGAGGAUGUGCAUCGGGCGCCGCCUUGCCGAGUUGCAGCUGCAGCUGGCACUCUGUUGGCUGAUCCAGGACUACGAGAUCGUGGCCACGGACAUGGAGCCAGUGGAGGCCGUCCACUUCGGCACGCUGGUGCCCAGCCGAGAACUCCCGGUGGCAUUCAAGCGGCGCUCAGGCGAGGAAGAGGCCGUCUCAGUCUCCGCCAGCUGACUCCAGUAGACCUCUCUCCUAUAGGGCCCAGAGGCCUUCACACCUGCUGCUACACACACUUCACUUCUCCUCUUGUAUACCUCACACCAUGUUAUUGUAUUUCCUACAUAAUAUUAUUGUAUUCUGCUGCAUUAACUGCAAUGAUUAGCCUUUUGACCAAAUAGUCAGGCAUGUAGACAUUUUACUGAUACGGUCUCCCAUGGUGACUGCCUACAACUACCUUGUAGUUUUGACUUUUUGUUGUCUUUUAACAGUCUAUGAAAUGCUAUCAUUUCUGUGUAUACACUAAAGUAUUUCUUUUUAAUGUAAUAUAAUAUAUAUAUAUAUAUAUAUUAAUGUAAGAAAAUAUAUUAUUUACUUAUAUAUUCAGUAAAUACAUCUAAUAUGAGCAUGGUAUUUAUGUAUAUAGAUGUAACAUAUUCUCAUAUAUUUAUGUAUUCAAAUAAACCUUC